UUUUAUUUUCUUUUGAUUUUUGAGGCUGAAUGAACAGGUGAAAGCGGAAAGAUCAGAUUUCGUUGUUGGCAUAUAGAAAUAGAAACAGAACAGGGAGGAGGAGGCGGAUGGGUUUUUUUUCUAAGAAAAAAAGGAAACAAACAGUGAUAAUGUAAACUUUAUUAAAGCAAAUCGAAGUUGAAAAAGAAAACGGAGAGAAAAACAAACAACAAACAAGCAAUGGAAUCGCAACAACAAGAAGAAGAAGCUUUUCCUCCUCCGCCUUCUCUACCUGACUCUACUCCUCCUCCGCCUCCACCUCUGCCUCCGCCUCCGCCCUUCGAUCCCAGUCGAAUGAUCGGCAUAAUAAAGAGAAAGGCCUUGAUAAAAGAAUUAGCUGCCGUAUACCAUGCAGAAUGCCUUGCAUACUGUCAAGAGCUUUUGGAACUCCAAAGAAAAUGGGAUGAGCCAUAUAUUGACUUGAAAACUCCAGAGGAUACAAGGAAAGAGACGUUACGACCUUCCAAGCGGCUAAAGAAAACUCGUUAGGUGCCGAUCAUUGUAAGAUUCUCUGAUUACAAAAUAUGUUCAAGGAUUUCUACAUCUGCAAGAAAGCAUUUCCCCACCACCUGAUGAAAUCGGCUAGUAGAUGAGAUGGGCAAUAAUUCUAUAAUGAUAGCAGUAGCAGUAUAUGGAUGCUUAGGCUUAAGCUCUCUAUAGGCAACCAAUUUUUGGAGUCAAUACUAUGAAUCUAUGACGUGGGUCAUGUAAAAGUGUUGAAAUUAUACUCCUAAUUAAUAUCAGAAAUAGCCUUCAAAUUGCUGUAAACCAAUGGGUUGCAAACUUGACUUGCUUUAUUCCAUUUUCAUAUAUAUAUAUAUAUAUAUAUAUAUAUAUAUGUAUUUCCAGCAAGCUUCUGUUAAUGAUCUUAAUUUCAUAUUGUGUUGCAAUUGCACUCUGUUAUGAUUGGAUGGAAUUUUAUUCUUUUA